AUGGUGCCAAGCCGUAAUGAUACGAUCCUGAAGCCCCACUUCCACAAGAACUGGCAGCGGCGCGUGGCCACGUGGUUCAACCAGCCAGAGCGCAAGAUCUGCAGGAAGCCCUCAGCCCCCAAGAAGGGAGACGGCUCUGCUGCAAAGCUCAAAUUGGCCACCCAGCUGACCGGACCAGUCAUGCCCAUACGGAACAUCUACAAGAAGGAGAAGGCCAGAGUUAUCACAGAGGAGGAGAAGAACUUCAAGGCCUUCGCCAGUCUCCGCAUGGCCCACGCCAAUGCCCGGCUCUUUGGCAUCUGGGCAAAAAGGGCCAAGGAAGCUGCAGAACAGGAUGUUGAAAAGAAAAAAUAA